AUGCAAUGCGCGAACGCUACCUUCUGUUCUGGUCGUAGUUCAGAAAUAAAUAGUCAAGUUGUUUAUAAACUAGAUUUUGUGUUGGCCAGCAGUACAUUGUACCUCUUCGGUUAAAUCGAGAAAAACAUAAACAGCAAGGAGGGCUUUAGGAUUCCUUGAAGGGUAGUCAUCAGAUACAACUGUACAUGAUGUAUGUCGUCAGAUACGUUUGACCAGGCUGAAAUAGGUUUGCGGGCUGUUUCCGGUUGUGCACACACUGAUCGAGUCCCAGUAGCUGUAGCGUAGGCUACGUUUAGGUACCAAGUCGGAAGUCCAUGGCUAACGGAGAGGAUAAUCUCACUACAUGUAAGUUGUCAACCUUCCAGUAAAACUUCGGAGACAUACAGUACAUGUAUGUACUAUGUAAUUUAUCAAUUUGAUGUUGAGGGAGACUUAUGUACAGUUUUUUACAUAAACAUUGAGAAUUUUGAAAAAGCACAGCCGAGAAGGAUUGACAGCAUUAAUGGAAGUCCAAGAUUUGGGGAUUUAUCAGAUGGACAAGUAAAGUAGUUUUCCAUACAGGUACAGGUACUUGAAAUCCAUGACCUUGCAAUACUAUGUAUGUUUUGAAUGGGGUAGACGUUCAGAUUUCUCAUCAUUCAACUUUACCAACUGUCUAAUUUUCUGAACUUAAAUACAGGUAACAUGUUUUUACAGUCCAAAAUUACCUGAGAAUGCAGUCUUGGGAAGUCUUCCUUUGCCACCACUGAAGCCCUGAUGUCUAGACAUACAUGCACAGUUGUCUCUCUCUUGCAGCCAUUACAAAAGUGUUUAUUGCCGCAUGGAGUGCAUACACCAUAAAAAGAAUACAAGUGUUACACUGCCAAAGUAUGUACAUGUACCUUAAAUUUUGCACCACUGUUUUUGACACAUAGCAAAGAGUUGGUGUGCAUGGAUUCUUCGAUGGAUUCACUAGUCAGUAGAGAGUCCCAUGUCUCACAUCAGGCACAGCGACACUCGGUAUGCUGGGAAAGGUACGGCUUCCAAUAUGGCAGCAUACAGUUCUUCAAAGGUUCCCAGAAACACAAGAAGAACAGCAAGUUCCUGAUCGUUGAUACAUGUACCGGUAAUGAGGAGACACCAGAAACUGUGCUACGUUUUCUCCAUGAGAAGUGGAAUCUGGACUUGCCCAAGCUGCUUAUCCAUUUGGUUGCUGCAGACAGGCAGGACAGAGUGCAGUUUGACAAGAUGAUGGGCAAAAUGUUCACCAAGGAACUGAUUGACGCCAUUCGCCACACAGAUGUCUGGCUUUUGACACAUGGACUCCACCAUGGUAUCACAGAAAGCUUGGGCAAGGUGCUGACAGACAAUGCAACUGAAAUUGUCAUGGCAGACCAGCAUCAGCUUGUUGCCAUAGGGAUUGCACCGGGACAAUUUGUAUCGCAAAUUGAGAAGUUACAGCAAUCUGUGGGUGGACCUGUUGAAUAUCAGAUGGAAUCUGCCAACAUCAGCCACGAUGAUGUAAGCAGAUGCCUGCUCAACCCUGGCCAUACCCACUUCAUCAUAGAGCAGGACAGAGAGCGGGAUGCCUUGCUACUCGAUGUUCUUGUCACCAAGAUCACACAAAGCAAAAUACAGCAGACCAACGCCACUGUGCCUGUGGUGUAUGUGUUGUUUGGUGGGGAUGAACACAGCUUACUGACCAUCCACAAUGCUGUGGUUGAGAGGAACACACCAGUCAUUAUUGUAGCUGGAUCUGGGGGUGUGGCCGACCUGUUAGCGGGCAUUGAUCAACCCAGAAGCAAGAGUACAGAAGAUGACAGCACGGCUCAGAUCAAGGAGAUCAUGUGCUCAUCGCGCUCACACCUUGUGACAGUCCACACAGAGAACCAGAAAAUGGAUGCGGCGCUCUUACUGGCACUCAUGAAUGCCAAUCGUGGCACCAGAGGUCAAAACGAGCUGCUGCUUGCUGUAAUCUGGAACCGCAUUCACUUGGCAAGGAAGGAACUUGUGACAAACAAGAACUGGUUAGACCAAUUCCAAGAAGUUCAGCUUGCGGAAGCAUUGGAGUAUGCACUCAUUCACAAUCAGUACAAGUUUGUAGAAUUUUUUCUUGACCGGGACUGCAUUGAUCUUCAGAAAUUCCUGACAAGGGAUCGUCUUGUGGAUCUCUACCAUCAGGUUGGACCUCGGACACUCCUGUAUAAGCUGCUUACUGAUGAAAAAAAGGAAAAUGGUAAAGAUCUCAGCAGCAAACCUGAGCUCAACCAUGUGGGAAACAUCCUGAAGAGUCUGGUCGAGCUGAAUAGCUUCAGUCCAAGAUACCUGAGAGACAGCAUUGAUGACACGUUUGCCAACCCUUGUCGUGAGCUGUUUAUAUGGGCUGUUCUGCAGCAUCAUAAGAAGAUGGCCUGGGUGUUCUGGAAGCACAGUGGAGCGUCAAUUGGAGGAGCUCUCAUGGCCAGCUUACUGCUGAAGAGCAUGUCCGGUCUCGUCAAAGAGCCUGAAAUUUCACUUGAAAUGUUUCAGCAUGGCAGAGACUUCCAAGACAGAGCUAUCGAAGUCAUGAACCGUUGCUACACGGAGAACCAACGGGGCACCUUGCUGCUUCUCACCCAGGUCUUACCCGACUGGGGCAACGUGACCUGUUUGGAGUUGGCCCAGGCCGCCCGGAACAAGCAGUUCAUUGGCCAGGCGCCGGUGCAGAGUCUGCUGCGGAAGCUCUGGAUGGGGAGACUGUCACCAGACACACACCUCAUCAUGAUGUGGAUUUGUAUGCUCUUUCCCAUUGCUGCUGUGGGCGUGGUGAAUUUCACCCCCAGUGACAACCUCGGCAGACCAACAAUAAAGGCAGUACCCCUUCCUCUUUCAGCACAGAAGAGGCGUGUGCACAAAAUAUCCAGAAAUCGAGAAUACAGCAUUGAUGAGUUGGAUGGACAGUACAGGUCACUCCCUAAGGGCUUAUUCUCCCGACUGACACUCCAAGAGGCAACAAAACCCUCCAGGAUAAGCUGGUGGUACAAAGUGAAGUUGUUUAUCCAGGCACCAGUUAUCAGCUUUAGUUAUCACCUUGUAUUCCACCUGUUGUUCCUUCUGCUAUUUAGCUACAUUCUCCUGAAGGAUUUCAAGACGACCCAGUCCCCUUUGGAAUUCAUUCUCAUGAUCUGGGUGGUCACUCUCUUGUUUGAAGAGCUCAGAGAAUUGGUGCAAGAGGACUGCGAUUCGUGGAAAGGUCGCUUCGAAGCCUGGUUGUGGGGCUACUGGAACAUUGUGGACUUGGUGGCCUUGGUCAUGUUUGCCACUGGGAUGGCCCUGAGGUACACACACAUGCUGACUGUGGCUCGUAUUGUUCUGGCCUUAGACCUCAUCGUCUUCUAUCUGCGGAUCCUACAGUUCUUCUCAGCCAACAAGUUCCUGGGGCCAAAACUGAUCAUGAUUGUUAAAAUGACAAUGGACAUCGUGACAUUCAUCUGUAUCCUGUUCGUCUUUCUGGUGGCGUAUGGUGUAGCCUUUCAGUCCAUACUGUACCCAAAUGAGCAGAAUUCUCUGGACAUCGUCAAGGGAGUUCUGUAUCAACCGUACUUCCAGCUGUACGGGAUGCUCUUCUUGGAAGAGCUGCACAGGAAUGACUGUGACAGCAUUGCUUCCAACAUGACAACCCCAACCACGCAGCCUUGCCCCGAAAACUCCUGGUUUGGAACUGUUGUCCUGGCUUUCUAUCUCUUCAUCAGUAACAUCAUGUUACUGAAUCUACUCAUUGCCAUGUUCAACUACACCUUCACAACUGUUCAAGACAACACCGAUACUUACUGGAAGUUUCAGCGUUUCGAACUUGUUAAGGAGUACCACAGGCGCCCAGUACUAGCACCACCGUUCAUUGUCUUUGCUCACGUGUAUCUAUUAGUGAGGGCCUUUCUCCAUCAUACAUGUACCUUCUACAGUGAGAAACCACGGGGCAGCUCAAAUGCAAUGAGAAAGUAUAUUCACAUUAAUGAUGAACAGUUGUACACAGAAUUGUCUUGUUGGGAAAUGGUCAAAGGAAGGGACUUUCUUGUGGAGAAGGAGAAGCAGCAUAACAAAGACAUUCUGUAUCGUAUCAAGCAAACUGAUGAAAGACUGGAAGAAGUGAAUACAAGCAGCAGAGCAUUGGGUGAAGAUCUAAUGCACAGACUUGACACGUUGCAGAGUGUCCAGAUACAGGUUGACAGAAGAUUGUCAACAAUUGAAAAACAGAUGUCUGGACUCGAGCAGUUACUGAAAACUCUGUGCAGCAUGCAACUGCAAGCAGGAACUGCAUCAAGCCCAACAACUGUGUCUGGCCAGUCAGGGGAGUAGAGCCUGAUGCCAGCAGUCACCCCCCCCCUAGUGUGACCAUUCAUCAAGCCCACCUCAACACUAAAGGAUUGCAGGAAGUCAGUCCCAGGCCGUCAACAUAGCACAUCAUCUGGGUACUGUGUCUCCACCUUGACCCAGUGGAUUGUUGGCAUGUGUUAUACAGCCAGAUUAAAAUAUGCACUCCAGUUCCACUACAUACGUACUGGUAUCAACUAUCUACAUGUAGACGUAUGGACAUACCAACUAAACAACCUCUAAUUUCUUAAUUGACAUUCCUUUUAUGCAAGUUGGCUCUUGUAGCUGCUCAAUUCUCCCUUUGCAGGUGCAUGUCCUCACACUUUGGUUUCGAGGGCGCGCUGUGCGUACAUACAAUUUAAAUGUAUUUCACAUGACUAUUUAAAGAUAAGAAAGGCUACUCACCAUUGUGCUCCUUCACCUGUUGCAAAUUCAUGAGAGUAGAAUUCCUAUUCCAGCAAAUUAUUAAGACAUUUUCAGUCCAUAUUUCAUCGUCAGAUAUGCCAUCAUUAGCUUACAGGUGGUCGUCACAUCUUGAAAGGUCAGAAUCUCUCCACUUUUACCAGAUCUUUCCUUUAACCUCGACUAGCAAAAGGAAGCAAGAUUUAUUACCUGUCUGACAAAAAAAUAACAAUUGCGUAAUCUGAACAAUCUGAAUGCAGUACUCUGCAGUACGUUUUAUUAAGUAAGUUUGCCACCUCCACAUUUUGCUCUCUUGAAAAGUGUUCUGCAGUACAAGUAGCUCCAUGGGGAAUACCCAAGCAGACCCCACCCCCUGUGGUCGGCUUUCAUCAUCACCCUCCCCCCCCAACUUGUACACUGAAAUAUACACACGUGCUUUACAUAGCUCUGUCAAGUACACUCGAGGGCCACAAAGUGUUAAGCACAUGUAUGGGGCACUACCUAUGCAAUGAUGAUUGAUGUCUCGCUACGUGGGUGCAUACUUAUUUAUGUGCAUGGAUUCAACGUACACACAUUGUACAUGUACAUGUGUACAGUAAAAUUUCGGGAAUGACGCUUUAAUGCUGUUCAAUUAAAUAAAUUUGGUGCAUCGGUAAUCACAAUAAUAUCUGAAAUGCUCGAAAGUAUAGCUAUCAGAUAAAAUGGUUUAAUGUGUGUACUGUAACUUGGCUUCUUUUUUCUUAAUUUCAGAUGUGUGACACUUAAAUUACUUAAAUUGUAAGUCAAAAUUCUACAGAUGGCAUUUGGUACUUUAAGUUUACUUGUUAUGUCAUUUGGCUCAAGCUUAAGCCCUAGC